AUGACUUCACCUCUCUUUAACGAUUUAAGCACAAGAAAUAAACAAAAUAUCCUUCACUGGCUUAACGAAAUUAAACCCGAAUAUGAAAAUGAAAUGGUUUUUCAUGUAGACUCAUUAUUGGUUUUUGAAUGGAAGGAAGCUGCGCUCCUUCAAAGAGGAAUAUUAAAGGCGAACGUAAUUGAAUUGAUUACUAGCACACACCAGAACGUUAGAUAUUACGUUGAUAAUGAUGUACACAAUACACCUAAUGUUUUAUCGGAUUCAUUCUUUAGCGUAGUUGGUCCUCGUGCGAGCCAAAUAAUCGUACACAUCGUUAGGAGACUACAAACUAAUUAUCAUCAAGCAAAUGUCCCAUCAUUAGGUCGGGUAUUUUGCGUAAGGGCAACUAAAGCUAACGUUAUAAAAGUCGAUGAACUUUACCCUUUUAAUAUUUGA